CUGCAGCCCGCCGGUGAACCGUAGAAGAAGCAGCAGCGGAGGAGGCGGAGGAAGCGGACUCGGACUCCAUCCUGGACCAGGACCUGGACCUGGACGCGGAGCCUCCAGCUGGACUCUUCAUCUACCGAGAACCGGAUUAAAAGCAGCGUGCUGUGGCUGUUUGCGUCCCCGGUCCUCCUGCAGCCGCGGACGGGGCCGCUCGGUGAUGAAGAACCGGAGAGUGUGAACCCGGAAGAAAGAGAAGCGGUCAUGGACGCAGAGAGUGGCGAGCUGUUUCUGGGCGGCGGCGUGGCGGCAGACAGCUGGCAGCUCGACGCUCCGUUCUCCGACCUCGUCUUCAGCGGCUCAGAGAAACCCCUGCAGGACUGGGCGGUAGACCCCGACUGUACGCUGAAUGACAGCGAGCCGGAGGACGUCCUCCACGGUGUCGACCCCAACGAGGUGUUUCCCAGCGGGCCGCCUGCAGAGCCUUCGUCUGAGAGCGACAGCGGCAUCUCUGAGGAUCCUGUACUCGAGAGUCCCGUCGCCAUGGUGACGACUGCGACCCCCCAGCCAGCCCCAGCGACCGUCUACCAGGUGGUUUAUGACAUCAGCAGCCUGGGCGGCGUGAAGACUGAACCUGGACAGGAGAACGUCAUCUCCAUAGAGCUCGAUCAAUGGAGCUCUCAGAUGUUGUUUUCAGACUCGUGCAUUGUGAACGAGCUGCCCGUGCUCCCUGCAGCUCGCCUCGACGGCAGUUUGACCCUCAUCGACCCUCCGAGCCCUGACGGUGAUCUGCUGUACUCAGAUCUCCAGCUGACCGAGGAGGAACAGAAGCUGCUGAGCCAGGAAGGAGUUUCUCUGCCCAACAACCUCCCCCUCACCAAGGCUGAGGAAAGAAUCCUGAAGAGAGUUCGGAGAAAGAUCCGCAACAAGCAGUCGGCUCAGGACAGCCGGCGGAGGAGGAAGGAGUACAUCGACGGGCUGGAGAGCAGGGCUGCAGCUUGCUCAGCACAGAACAAGGAGCUGCAGAGGACAGUGGAGCAGCUGGAGAAACGCAACAUGUCUCUGCUGGCUCAGCUGCGACAGCUUCAGUCUCUGAUUAAACAGACGGUCAGUAAAGGAGCCCAGACCAGCACCUGCUUACUGAUCAUCCUGGUCUCUCUGGGUCUGAUCAUCAUGCCGAGUUUCAGUCCGUUCAGCCGCAACUCGUCUGCAGACGACGACUACAGACCCACAGGAGUUAUCUCUAGAAACAUCCUGACGGACCCCUCCUCCUCCACCCAGACCGCAGCAGACGAUGCGGACAGUCCAGCUGUCCAGUCCGACUCUGCGUCCCCGCCCUCUGAGCUCAGCCAAUCGGGACCUCCGGAUGGCGCCGCCGUCCUCCGGGAACCGAUAGAAAACCCUGAAAAUACGGGCUUUGACGGGGCGGCGCAAGAGGGGAGCCAAUCGGGGAACAGCUCAGCUCUUGUCGCCGGGCAGACUGAACCUCUGGCGCUGCGUCUGAGCUCGGCGGCGGGGAAAGGAAGCCAUGAUCCCGCCAAACCUGCACACGCUGACGAGAUGUAGGCGAACUGCUCGUCGGGACACAUUCGCCUUUUUCUUCUCGUCUGGAACCUCUUCAAGGAUCCGUGGAUUCACAUUUCAGAAACCUUUUUGUUUCUGGACGAUUGUGAACCUUCGGGAUCCUGUUCAGCUCACAACUCACCUGAGAUGGAUCCAUAUUUUGGGAUGUUGUAGAAUUUGUUCUAAUGUAAUGAUAUUCCCACCGCACUCUGGCACCUCAAUGAUACAGUAGACAACUCAUUUUUGUUUCAUUUUUUUGCUCAUUAAAUCCAAAAUACUGCGUGUGUUUGAUUUGAGCUGUUCCUGUUAGUUGCCAGAAACACUAACGAGUUGGUUUUACAGUUACGGUUGGUUUUAUUUCCAUUGUGAUCAGUUAAUUUUUUCACUUUUAAAGGGAUUUUUCAGACAGAUUAUGAUGUUUUUUAAGGCCCAGUUCACUCUGCCAUUACCCAACACCGCUUCAUUACCUGCUGACCGUACGUCUGCCUCUCCGCCUUUGUGGCCUUUUUCACCCCUUAUAAUAUGGUUACAGGGUUCGGACAAAGUCUUCAUGAAAGUUUGGAAGAUGUUUAAUUUUAACUGUUGUGUUUUAAUGGUUGGGAAUAUGCUUGUAUUUUAAUAUUCUCCUUAAAAAAUGAUUGAUUUUCAACAUAAUCUGGUGUUUCAUUGACGCGAUCGCUCAUUUAAACAGAACAUCUUUUAAUAUUUGAAACGUUGACGUAUUUGUUUGUUGUUUCCCGACGUGUUCGCUCGUCAUUCAUAGCCACAUAAGUCCUCUGUUUAUCCCUUACUCUGGAAACCAGCUAUAAUCCAUCAUAAUAUGAACAAAUGUUCAAAUAAACUUAUUGACAGUGGACAUAAAGGAAUUCUGUCAUUGACCUUUCUUUAGUCCAAUAACAGUUGAGUCACAGCUUAAGUUAUAUCUAGUGUAUAUAUAAUAAUAUCUAGUUUCUGACCCAACAGUGACGACAAAGUCAUGUUUUAGGUAUUUUCGGGUAUUAUUAAUGGUACUGCUAAUUAACUGCUACUAACUGUAUCCGCCGUUAGCAGGCGACAGAACCGGGCUCAGCACAGACACAUGGGAACGUAAAGAUUUCACUUUUAUCUUUUAACCAUCUUCAAAAUGUGGUCGUCUUUUAAACACAGAUUAGCCUAGCACGUAGCAUAUCUAAGCACAGGAAGGGAGGAAGUUGACCGAGGCGUGCUCAACUGUUAUUGGACACAAUACACACAAUGCACUUUAGUUGUAACGAUAAAGGCUAAGAUAAAUUAUUGGUUUAGGUACUUUGAAAAGAGCUGAUCUUUUUAAAUUAAACUCAAUUUAGGCAAAAUCUAAUAGAGUGUAAUGUAGUUUUUGUUAAUUUAACUUUAACAGAGGAGUUUGACUGAGCUUGUUUUCCUACAUUACAUUAAUAAACAGUUCAACAGUUGGCUGUAAUGUGCCUCAAGGCCACUGACAGUGUCGCUCUGUUAAAAAAUAAAAGGUACUGUGUGUAUUUUUAUUUAGAAAAUCAGUUUUCUUUGUUGGAGGGAUUUUGUUGACUCUAAUUCUGAAUGUUUUUAUUUUAUUUUAAACCAAAAUGAAAUGUCAUUAUGAAUGAAUUAUUGAUGGUGGUUUCCUUCACUCAGUGGUUUGAGUUUAUUUAUUGAGUUCCAGUGGAAUUACAGGAUGGAAAUGGGAGCUUUGUCUUCAGCUUGUAGCGCUGUGUUAAGUUCUCAUUUAUCUCAUUAUCUCAUUUAUAACAGUGCAGUGGAAGGACACCUCCCUUUGUUUGUGUGAGACAGCGUCAUUCAUCCACUCACAGGCUUCAUUUUUCAUUAUAACGUUAUUAAAAGGGAACAAUCAGUGGA